AUGUCUGCCCUCUUUACCCCGCUCAAGGUUGGCUCGGUCACCAUUUCUAACCGCAUUGGAAUGAGUGCCCUGACACGUAACCGUGCAACCGGUGCAAUCGCCAACGAUACAAUGCGCGACUACUACGUGCAGCGCGCCAAGGGCGGUGCGGGGCUCAUCGUAACCGAAGCCAUCCUUGUUACUCGCCUUGGCGCGGAGUGGCCGGCGGCGCCGGGCCUCUGGGACGUGUCGCAGGUCGAAGGAUGGAAGAACAUCAUCGACGGGGUUCACGCUGCAGGAAGCAAGAUCUAUGCACAGAGUGAACUGCCCGAUCCCAAAACGGUCGUGGCGCUCUUCAAAAAGGCGGCGGAGCAUGCUAAGGCAGCGGGUUUCGAUGGUAUUGAAACUCACGGAGCUAAUGGCUACAUUGUCCACCAAUUCCUCGAUAAUACAGCGAACAAGCGGACUGAUGCCUACGGCGGCUCGCCUGCCAACCGGUCACGCUUUGCACUCGAGGUCAUCGCUGCACUCCAGCAAGUCUUCGCUGGAGAUGUUGCCAUCAAGCUCAGUCCCACCAGCGGGCUCAACGAUGUCAGCAUGCCGCUGGAUGAAACCGUUGCCACAUUCGGUUACCUGCUACGAGAGAUUGACCAGCUCCCCACGCCGCUGUCCUACGUUGUACUUGCCCAGUACAACUCCCGGCUCGACAGCGAGUUCAAUGGCAAGCUGCGCGCGAUGCAAUUCGACGUCGUCGAGGUGUUCAAGCCAUACUUCGCAUCAGGCCGCACACAUCUUUUCGUCAAUGCGGGGUUGCAGGUCACCGACGCGGAGGCGUUAAUUGGCGAUGGAAGCAACACUGUCAAGGCGGUCUUCUUUGGAUUUAACUGGCUCAUCUACCCUGACUUUGCGAAGCGCGCGGAGUACAGAAUGCCCCUGGAAAAUGAGCUGGAUUGGAUGCAUCUUUACGGUGUGGAGGGGACUGACCCGGCCAUCGGGUACACGGAUUACAAGGCAGCAGUGUUUUACUAG